AUGUACUUGAAUUGUGUUAAUGGUUGUGUUCAAACCAUCUCAAUUUGGUCAUACUUGAGUUGCCCUACUAUGUAUGUACAUGCUUAUUGCUCUAGUCCUACGCACACUCUAUUCAAUGAAAAACCAACCGUUUACAGAUUCAUAUGGUUUUCACAGUAUAGACACAGCAUUUUCUCUGGACAGUCAGUCAUUGGACCCAGGUGGCUGAUGAUGAAUUUUGCGUUUGGCACAAUCAGAGUUUUUGCGUCGUACAAACUCUGUUUGCCAAUAACCAAUCUGCCCUGUGAUGAAAAGGUCAUUCUGGGUUCGGUAGCUAACUCACUUUUUUUUUUUCAUUUGAUUAUGAAUGUCCUAUACGACCAUAUAGGAGCUGAAGAUACUCCAUUAAAUAUAGGUGGCAUUAACUCACCUGGUAUUGAUAUUCUUGAGGAUGAAGAACUGAAUGAAUAG